AUGCAAUCGCACAUUGCGAUAUUGCUUGUCUGUGCCUGGACCAAAAUUCAAGCUUUGGAACAAGAAAAAUAUUUGGAAAAUCGAGUUCCAUGCUUGGACCGGUCUAUCCGUUACAACAAAAGGCCCACUUCGAUUGUUAAAGUAGAUGCCCAACUAGCGGUUGUUGCUUUCCAUGCUUUGUCUUCGGUGAACAUGGAAUUGAUAUCGGAUAUAUAUUUGUACGAACAAUGGCGUGAUAUCCGUUGCAGCUUUCGAGGCCUUCCCGGACAAGGAACGGUGCUUCAGUUGUACUCCAGUCAAGGAGGCGAGAAGAGUCACACGGGUUUGUCCAAUUUGUGGAGCCCGGAUACCCAAAUCUUGAACGCCAAGAAAUUCCACAAGCCCGAAACGGUGACCCAGAUCCGACACAGCGGGCAAGUGAAAACACGAACCCGAUGGUCGGUAACAUCAAGUUGUCCCAUGGAUCUCCGGUUGUUCCCCAUGGACCGUCAAAGAUGUUCCCUCAUCAUCCAAAGCUCGGCCCAUCCAGAUAACGAGCUGCUGUACUCAUGGAGCAAAGGCAAUCGAUCGAAAUUGGUCUUCAUACAAGGCUUAGAUUAUCAAGAUCGAAUGACUCCGGAAAUCCGUCUGAUUGGAUACAGGUUCAGCGAGAGUCUUAGCCCCAUCGAUGAGCUGACAGAUCAUCAGUACAGCCAGAUCAUUGUGGAUGUGUUCCUGGAACGUCCCUUGGGCUAUUUUUUAUGGGAAGUGUACAUGCCCGCCAGUUUCAUUGUGGUCAUAUCAUUCACCAGCUUUUGGCUGGAUCGAGCGGCCACUCCUGCCCGAGUUAGUCUCGGCGUGACUACGGUCUUGACCAUCACAACCCUCUUGUCAUCGGCCAAUAUCAACCUUCCACCCACAGCCUAUCCCAAGUCCAUCGGGAUCUUCUUGGCGGGGUGCUUUUUGUUCACGUUCAUGGCUCUAAUCGAGUAUUCGGCUGCCAGUUUUUUGGAACGGAGACGCACCGGGAAUCGCCAAUUAGUGCGAGUGCAAAAGCAAUCAACCACCAGUAAUGGAUCCGGAAUGAAUGAUGGCAGAAGGUUUACUUUGUCCAAUGUCAGAGAUCCAUUGGGAUGGCGACCCUCAAUCAUCGACUUGUAUUCUCGUUUUCUGUUUCCUGUUGCAUUUCUAUUAUUUCAAAUCAUUUACUGGUUAACUUGUUACCUUUGCCAAGAGGCUUGGCCUAAUGACAUGGUGUUGUUGAAUCGUGCUUAAAUCAAUGAAGCACAUUUUUUAACAUCAACCUGGUCCAAAAAUGACAUGCUGUUAUUCAAAAUAGAAUUGUCCCCGUCAGCAAAUCAUCUGUACUAGAUUUGGCAUUUAGCCAAGGGUAAC